AUGGCGGAAUUUCUUCCUUACCGGGACCACAAGAUUGUCUUGAAGAAUCACAUCGCCGAGCUGAACGCGGGCACUGAAGCCAUUCGCGAUGCUCUUACUGCCUACAGUCUCAAUCAACCUGGUGACCCUGUCAAGGUGGCGCAGGUUAUUAUCGAAGUCUCCCGGGCCGACUCACUCUGA